GUCAUCCUGUCUACAAGGGUAGUUGGUGUCACGACAAAGAGUCAUUCUCGUAGAACAAGACAAGAAAUCAACAACGACAACAUGGAGCAAGCCUGAUAGAAAACUUAGGGGAAAAUGGCACACAUUUGCCAGAAAAUGAAGCGGCAGUUCAGUGACAUUCAUCAGUCUUUGACGCGAAGCCUGUGGGUCUUCGACGAAGAAUACCAGAAUACGUGAUAAGAGUUGUUGAUGUCAUAAUCGUUCUUAUCGUCACACCAGCGAGGAAAAUGGCUACGCUAGCCACUCAACCGAGGACAACGACGACGACGAUCACCACUACUCUGGAGAGCUUCGGCUGCAGGGGUAUGGCGAUUCUGCCUUGGACCAAGCAGUUGUUGACCGUGUUGUGGGAACAGCUAUGGCUGCUGGUUCAUGUCAUCUAUUGCUCUUUCCUGUCAGUCUUCCAGAUGUUUCGGUUUGAGGUCCAUCUCCGAAUAACAGACCAGAUGGGUCAGCACAUCCAGCACAGCCCUGCCGAGUCUUUCCUCUUCUCCUCGCUGUUUGAUGGCGACGGCGACGAAGACGGCAAGACCACGGCCGAAACGCUUCUAUCCAGCCUGGCCACGGAUGACCUCUGCUGUGGCCUGGCGCCCGACGAGGGCGUCUAUGUGGGCUUCCGCAGUGACUGGAACAUCUUUGUGUCCGGCAGCACGGCUUCCAACGAGGACAAGUUCUUCACGGGUGCUUUUCCCAAGGAGAGCAUCUUCCAACAGGACACGUCGGAAAACGAGAGCGGUGACGACGACAUUAUGGACAGCAAAGAGAGCGAUGAGCCGUGGGAGUCUUUGUCCACGUGUAAGGACCCCUACAAUCCCGUGUUCGUCUCCACAUGCCUGUCCUCAAACGUGACAAAAAGCCUGAACGAGCCGGGAGAUGACGCGUCUAGAGGCAAAACCGCGGAGGAGAUGUCAGGCCUGAAGAUGUGGGUCAGCCGCUCUGACAGUGACAGCAGCUGGUCCAGCUGGUCAAGUUCUGACGUGUCGGGCGGCGACCUGGAGGAGAGCGAGAGGCUGCUGGAGUUCUUUGCCAGUCCCGAUGACCCGUACAAUCCCAUGUGCUUCACAGCAUGCACCAUCAGUAAAGCCCCGCCGCCGCCAGUCUCAGUGUCCGCCACCUCACCCGCUUUCAAGCCAGACAGCGAGGAAGGCGAAAGCUGCCUCGUCUCCUCAUCUGAAGAUGAAGAAGAGCCUGUGAAGGCCCUCAACCGGAAAGACGACCCGUACCACCCUUUGAACUUUCAGGCCCCUCUAAACAAACCCAAACCUGCAAAAAGCAAACAGGCUCCGGGCGCCAUACCCAUCAUGGCGCGUAACCACAGAAAGUUUCAGUGGCGUGUCAGGCAGCAUGAUGGCAUCGUGCGGGUGCCUUGGAAACGACACACCCACAAACAUCCCUCAACUCCAGAGAAGCACAACAACACACAGAAAAAGUUGGAUUUCUCCCCGGUGGUGGAGGUGCACGUGAUGCGCACAUGGGCGUUUGCCAUGCAGGCGUCCCGCAAAGGACCAUGGGAGGAAAUGGCGCGGGAUCGUGAGCGCUUCCGCAGACGCAUCGACGAAACAGAGCGCACCAUCGGGCACUGCUUUAACCCCGCCCACAGGGACAGACUACGCGCGUACGUGGACGCCGCCUCCAGCGCCUCACAAUGAUGAACAGUGUCACUUCCUGUUUGGAUGGAGGCGGGCGUGUGAUUGUUUGAUUGGUUGCAAUGCAACGAUGAUUUGAUGAAGUGCGACUUUGUACCACAAAUGUUUUUUUUUUCUUUGUCACAUGACUGCUGCACUGACUGACACUUUGUUUUCACCUCAAUGUUUUACAUGCAAUGUUGUUAUUUGCCUUACUUUUGGACCUACUUGUAUUUUAUGUUGUGUUUUUAGGCGAUGAAUGUAGCUGCUCAGCUAGAUCACAAAGAAAAGAAGAGCUUUAGUGUUUUUUUAAGAACUUCUUCAAGGAAAAAUGCAA